AUGCAUCAGAGACGAACUACUGGUAAAGGGCCCUCUCCUACUCCAUGGAUUCACCAGCAGCCUCCAAGGAUUCUCAUUGUGCACAGCAUUAGUUCUUGCGGGACUGAUAUCUGCUCCAACCUCUGUGAGGCGCUGCAGAACUUUUUCUCUCUAGCCUGCAACUUGAUGGGGCCCAGUCGCAUGUCUCUCUUCAGCUUAUACAUUGUACAAAAUCAGUAUGAAUGCAUCCUCCCCUUUGUGCAAGUGAAAGGAAACUUUGCCAGGCUCCAGGCCUGCAUCUCUGAACUCCACACACUACAAAGAGAAGGUUGUUUCAGACCCCAAAGCCCUUCUCUGCAGGCAGCAAUUGAAGAUGGGCUCCAGCAGUUCAGACAGUACAGCAGACAUGUGCCAGCAGGGGCAGGCCUGAACUACACUUGCCUGGAGAUUACUAUUAUCACUUCCCAUCCCAGAAAGGAGAUUGUCAAACAGUUAGAAGAAGGCCUAAAAGAUACAGACCUGCUCAGAGUAAGAAAGCUUCAGGUGGUUGAGAUCACAAAAGGAGCCCUCGAGUGUAUGGCUGCCACAUCCCCUGAUGAUGACUCCAGCAACGAAGAGAGCUCUAUCCUGGGAACUGACAUUGACCUUCAGACCAUAGACAAUGAUAUCAUCAGCAUAGAGGUUUUCUUCAAAGACUGGCUGCAUAACAAUGGAACAGACCAAGAACACAUCCACAUUCUUCUUCCCUCACCAUGUUUCAGCAACAUUUCCGGAGCCAGAGAUAAUUCAAUGUGCCUGAGGUGUGACCUCCAAGAGCGAAUUCUCAGUCCAUCCCUGCUCCCUGGCACAGCUGACAGCUCCUUGAGAAUGGAUGACCCCAAAGGAGACUUCUGCACGCUCUACCAGCUGGAGCCUCAGUUGUCAACCAGUCCUUACAAGCUCCGAGUGAUCAAGGCUUUAAAAUCCAGUGGAUUCUGUGAGUCCCUGACCUAUGGGCUCCCCUUCAUCCUAAGACCCACAAGCUUUUGGCGGCUAGACUGGAAUGAGCUGGAGACAAAUCAGCAGCAUUUCCAUGCCUUGUGUCACAUCCUGCUGAAAAGAGAGUGGCUGCUUUUGGCCAAAGGGGAGCCCCAGAGUCUGGGGACCAGCCUGAGAGAGCCUGCCAGCACUUUCUACAUCAUCCUGCCCUCCCGUUCUGCCACUCUGCUGGUGAAGGCAGUGGCCACCCGUGAGAUGAUGCUCCCCAAUUCCUUCCCGCUGCUGCCUGAGGAUCCCCCGGAUGACAGCCUGAAGAUUAUGGAGAGCACCCUGGCAGCCCUGGAGCUUGAGCCCAGCUACAACCCCUUAGACAUCCAGAGCCAUCUCUAUCUGCUAAUGGCCAGCGCCAGCCCCAACCCACACGGAAGGCUCCAUCCCAGCCUAAGGAAGACAAGGCAGAUGCCAACGAACCGAGUACGAGCUACAGUGGCCCCCUUGCCUAUGAUUCCAGCCAUGAGAAGAACCCCCAAGAUGCCAGAUGCCAGCAGAGCUUCCUCAGAAGCCUUCUCCAGUCCUUUGGAGGAGGAGGAGGAGGAGGAGGAAAAAGCCUGA